AUGAACAUUGUGAGAAAACUCAAUUUAAUGGUACCUUGGCGCGUUUUCUCGUUUCCUAUACUGCUGUUUGCAUUACAAGGAUACAUUUCUGCAUCAUCUAUCCUGACAGAAACAUCAGAAAGUGAGUUUCAUGAAAAUGAACAGAAAAGAACUCUGUUAGCAGUACAGUUUGAAGCAACCUCUCCAAGAUACUUUUUCCAUGAAGCUAUUAACUGGGGCGAGAGUAAAAUAAAAGGUUCUUGUCCUCAUGAAUGCCUUAACGGGGCUUUCUGUUCUAAGACCGGUACGUGUGACUGUCAAAUAUUCCAAGCUCUUGGGACAAGGUGCCAGAUUGUCCCAAACAUGGGAAGUGGCAGAGAUGGGAUUUGCAAAACCUGGGGACAGUAUCACUUUGAAACAUUUGAUGGAAUCUACUAUUACUUCCCAGGAAGCUGUUCUUAUAUAUUUGCAAAGGACUGUGGUAAUUUGGAGCCUCAGUACACAGUAUGGGUUCAUAACAGCCCAAAGUGCCUUGGUUCCGUGUAUUCUUGUUAUCGUUCCAUCAGCUUAUUCUUUUCAAACCAAGAGGAAAUUAGAAUAUAUGGUCAUGAAAUAAAAAUGAAUGGAAUCAGUUUAUCUUUGCCUCAGACAGUUGGCCAGGUGUACAUCGAGAAGCUAGCUGACUACAUUCUGGUGAAAACUACCUUUGGCUUUUCGUUGGCUUGGGAUGGAAUAUCGGGAAUUUACCUCAAACUGUCUGAGGAGCACAGAGGGAAAUCUUGUGGCUUGUGUGCAAACUAUAAUGGCAUUCAGUCCGAUGACUUUGUGAUUCAUCAAGAGGACUACACGGAAGACAUUGCUAUGUUUGCAAAUAGCUGGCUGGUGCAAACUCUAGAUGACCCUAAAUGUGUACCUACUCCCUCAGACUUUCCAAAUCCAUGUUCCAGUGGAAUGCCAGCAUUUGAGGCAAUCUUCUUCAAAUGCCAGAUAUUGCUGCAAUUCCCUUUUCUGAGCUGCCAUGAAUACAUCGAUCCGUACUUAUAUAUUGCCAGCUGUGUUAAUGACCUGUGCAAAACUGAUGAUGAUGAAACUUACUGUCGAGCAGCCACUGAGUACGCUAGAGCCUGUUCGCACGCGGGCUUCCCCAUUCAAGACUGGAGGGAUGACUUCCCAGCAUGCACGGAUAAAUGUGACGACAGCUUUGUUCACCGGGAUUGUAUCAGUUGUUGUCCUCCGAGCUGCACGUUUGAGAAGCAGUGUUUCGGGAGCGAUCUUCACUGCCUUGAUGGAUGCUAUUGCGCUGACGGCCUCAUAAUGGACAAUGGGACCUGCAUCUCCUUGGAAAGUUGCCCAUGUAGUUUCCAUGGGUUAGCUUAUUCAGUUGGUUCAAAAAUUGAGCAAGAGUGCACUGAAUGUGUUUGUGUUGGUGGAGUUUGGAACUGCACUGAGCAUGACUGUCCAGUCCAGUGCUCUGUUGUGGGUGAUUCUCAUUUUACCACCUUUGAUGGGCGCCAUUAUUCUUUUAUUGGCUUGUGCCAGUACAUCCUCGUGAAAGGAACUGGAAAAGAUAAAUUCACAAUUACCUUACAGAAAGCUCACUGUGAACAGAACCUGGGUUUGGUCUGCCUUCAGUCGAUAACUCUAAUUCUGGAGGAUGAUUUUAACAAACAAGUGACACUCAGUAGAGGAGGCCAAAUCCUCACCAGUCCCAACCAAGGCUUCACGCUGAAUGGCAUUGUUGAAAUUCAGACUCUGUCAUCCCUCUUCAUUCUUCUAAGAACCACAUUUGGUUUAAAGAUCUUGUUUGCUAUCGAUGGAGAAAGAAUUUAUAUUCAACUCUCCAGUGCGUGGAAAAGAAGGACAUUAGGUCUGUGUGGCACCUUUAACGGCAACAUCAGGGAUGAUUUUCUUUCUCCAUCAGGCAUGAUAGAAGGAACGCCACAGCUUCAUGCCCAUGCGUGGAGAGUUUCCUCCACUUGUUUCGCGCCUGUCCAUGUCCCGAUGGUGGACCCCUGUAAUAUUAACCAACAGAACAUUGGGUAUGCUGCACACUGUGACGUCAUCCACCAGGAGCUCUUUGCUCCUUGUCAUGUCUACGUGAGUCCGGGGCUGUAUUAUCAGCUGUGCCGCCAUGAUGCAUGCAAGUGUGGGAGCUCCUGCCUGUGUAACGCUCUUGCCCACUACGCCUACCUGUGUGGCCAGCGUGGAGUGCCCAUUAAUUUCAGAGCACAGAUCUCAUUCUGUGCCGUGGUGUGUCAGAAGGGCAUGCUGUACCACCACUGUUCCUCGCUCUGCCGGCGUUCCUGCUCCUCUCUCUCCUCCCUCGAGCAGUGCAAUGACGAUUGUGCAGAAGGCUGUAAUUGUCCCGAAGGCAAAUUCUAUGAGGACACACUUCACUUUUGUGUGCCCAUAUAUCAUUGCCGGUGUCAUUAUAGGGGAAGCAUUUAUCAGCCUGGGGAGCUUAUCCCAACACCUUCAGGAUUAUGCCAGUGUUCAAAUGGGACUGUGAAAUGUGAUGAGCCAGCAACGCCCUCUACUGUCCCCAUCUGCCCAGAAGGGAAGGAGUAUUUUGACUGCAGGUUUCCUGACCCUGAAUUACCAGCUGGUGGUAUAAACUGCGAGACCACAUGUGCAAACCUGGCCAUGAACUUCACCUGUGCUCCAUCCUCACCCUGCAUAAGUGGCUGUGUUUGCGCUUCGGGAAUGGCCGAACACAAAGGGAAAUGCUACAUUCCUGAAAGCUGUCCCUGCAUCUGGAAAGACUGGGAAUAUGUCUCGGGGGAAGUCAUCUCCACACCGUGUUACACCUGUGUUUGUCGACGGGGGAUGUUCAAUUGCACAUAUUAUCCAUGUCCUGCUGUAUGCACAGUCUAUGGGGACCGGCAUUAUUAUUCCUUUGAUGGGUUGGAAUAUGACUACAUCAGUGAUUGCCAGGUUUUUUUGAUAAAGAGUACAGAUGAUUCUGAUAUAUCUGUGAUUGCCCAGAACAAGAAAUGCUUUGACAAUGAUAUUGUUUGUUCUAAAAGUGUUUUGAUAUCCAUUGGGGACACUGAAAUCUACCUCAAUGAUGCACCUUACAAACAGAAGCGAUCAGGUUUCUUCCUGGAAAACGAACCUGCAUACCAGCUGUGGAAGGCUGGGCACUACAUCGUAGUGUACUUUCCAGAGGAAGAUAUCACCAUUCUGUGGGACGAGAAGACAACCAUUCACAUCAAAGUUGGGCCACAGUGGAAGAACAAGCUGGCAGGAUUGUGUGGGAACUUUGACAAAUGUACUUCAAAUGAUAUGACCACAUCUAAUAACCUGGAAGUGAGAAAUGCCCAGGUGUUUGGAGACAGUUGGGCCUUAGGUCAGUGUGAAGAUCCCAGUGAAGCCCUGAAGCCCUGCGAGGCACACCAAAACAAAUUUCCCUAUGCCAAGAAAGAAUGCUCCAUUUUGUACAGUGAUGUUUUUGCUCCCUGCCGCAAUGUGAUUGACGUUACUUCUUUUGCCAAAAACUGCCAUGAGGAUACGUGUAACUGUAACCUCGGAGGGGACUGUGAAUGUCUAUGUACCAAUGUGGCGGCAUAUGCCUACAAAUGCUGCCAGGAAGGGGUGCCCGUUCACUGGAGGUCACCCACUGUUUGUGCUCUUGAUUGUGAAUACUAUAAUGAAGGACUCGGCGAAGGACCGUAUAUGCUGGCAAGCUAUGGGCAAAGUGGCCUUGUUCUGGGUGCCAAUGUGACCAGUAGAAGUGUUUUCUCUUUGCCGAGAAGUAGUGAUCGUGGUAAUUUAUUUUUUAUUUUUAUGAUCACUCCGGGCCUUUUCAAAGAGAAGACAUCCUCACUGGCUCUUGUUUCCUUGGAAUCUGCUGAAAGGCCAAAUUACUUUCUCUAUGUCCACGACAAUGACACUCUUGGCUUGUCACUGUGGCAGGCAAACCCAGCAUUUCGUCAGAGAGUAACGUUUUUCCACCAUCAAGGGCUUUGGAUUCCUGGUUAUAGUGCAUUUGAAUUAUACAGCAAGAAAGGCUUCUUCAUCGUUUUCACGGAUUCUAGUGUCAAAGCACUGAAAUAUGAUGAUUCGGAAGAAUUCAAGCAGUCAAGCAGCUUCAGCAUAGAAGAAAUCCAGGCAGUGGUGCCUUACAGGAGGAUGUGUGAGUGGAGAUAUCAACCUUGUGCUACUCCUUGUUUUAAAACAUGCAGUGACCCCGAAGCCUUAGCCUGUGCGUUCCUUCCACCGGUUGAAGGAUGCUUGCCCUACUGCCCCAAGCAUAUGAUCCUGGAUGAGGUGACCUUUAAAUGUGUUUAUCCAGAAGACUGCAUACCACUGAUUCCCACAGAACCAGCAUUAAUGCCAGGUAAGUGUUAUAACCAGGUAUUUGCUACAAUUUUUAACAACGUGACUCCAACCACAGGUUUCGAAUGUGAGCCUCAACAAUUUGAUCCUGUUUAUAACUGUAGCCAAUACAUCUGCCUUAAUAUGGAAUGGACCUUUUACAACUGGUCUCUGAACUGCCCAAAGGAUGUGGAAAUGCCAGACUGUGGAUUCCGAGGAUGGCCUGUUCAAGUGAACACUGACAUAUGCUGUCCUGAGUGGGAAUGUCCCUGCCGGUGCUCCAUGUUAUCAGAGCUGAGCAUUAUUACAUUUGAUGGAAACAGCGCUGCUCUGUCCAACAAGGCUUCUUACAUCUUAGUAAGAAUCCCCGGAGAAAUUGUAGUUGUUCACAUUGAAAAAUGUCCCAUAAAUCAGAAUGGAAAUGCCCUCAAAAAACCAGGUUCUUUUGGAAGAAUCUCAGGACUUUGUUUUAAGAAGCUAAAUGUGACAACAUCUAUACAUAAAAUACUUAUCAAUAGAGUAGCAAGAAAGGUAGACGUGGAUUCUAUUGUUGUGCCUUUGCCCUUUUCAAGUCAAGAACUGCUCAUAGAAGACUCGGGGACAAUGUAUGUGAUUACUACUCCUGCCGGGCUAGUCAUAAAGUGGGCUCACCUUACAGGAAUCAUAGACAUUCACUUCGGCCCCCAGUUUAACCUGUCGUCCUAUACAGAAGGGCUCUGUGGAAUUUGCAAUGACGAUCCAGAUGAUGACCUCAGGAUGCAGAAUGGCACCAUUAUUACCAACAUGGAAGACAUAGAACUGUUUAUUGGGAGCUGGGAAAUUGAGAAAUCAUUUCAAGUAACAAUGAGAAGACCUGCUAGGAACUGUACUGAACAUGAUUGCAGCUACUGCAUUGAGUUAUUGAACAGAGACGUUUUUGUUCCAUGCCAUGACAAAGUCUCUCCGAGGGACUUUUGUGAAAAAAUGUGGAUCAACUACACCUAUCUCUGGAUCUAUGAAUGUGAUGCCAUUUCUGCCUAUGUGGCUCUGUGCAACAAAUUUGACAUCUGUGUUCAGUGGCGGACCCCUGAGUAUUGCCCUCUGAGCUGCCCUGAGGGGAAGGAAUAUCAGCCCUGUGUGAGACCAUGUGAAGCAAGGACAUGUCUCAAUAAAUGGAGCUAUGGACACACCUCAUGUCUGAAUUUGAGAGAAGACUGUGUGUGCAAGAAUGGAACCAUUCUUCACCGGCCAGAUAAAACUCUAUGCAUCCCCGAGCAAGAAUGUGUAUGUACGGACAGUGAAGAUCGACCCCGCAGUGCUGGGGAGAUUUGGAAUGGGGGUAUUGAUGAAUGUGCCCUCUACAAAUGUUUGGAGGAUGGGAGGAUUAUUCCUAUCGAGCCUGUCUGUGAAGAAGAGCCCUCCCCCAUUUGUGAACGAGAAGCUGAAGUUGUCCUGGGCUUUGUUGAUGAGCUGACCUGUUGUUCUAAAGAAGUCUGUGGCUGUGACAUGACUUUGUGUGACAUGACCAUUCCGAUAUGCACGAGUAGUCAGAAGUUGAUCGUUGGCUACAGUGCUCUUUCUUGCUGUCCACAGUAUGAAUGUGAAUGUGAUACAUUGCAAUGCCCCAAUAUUUCAACACCAGAUUGCAGAGAAGACCAGUUUACACUUCAGGUCCGACAAGGAGAACCUUGCUGUUUCUACCCUUUCUGUGUUUGUGAGACAUGCACUGAACCAGCUCCUCAGUGUACCGAUGGGGAAUUCCUCACAGUGGAUCUGAACACUACACAUUUAUGUUGUCCACAGUACUACUGUGUUUGUGAGCCAAAUCUCUGUCCUCCACCGUUACUUGACUGUGCAAAAGAUAUGGAUCUGGUGAAGGAAAAUGUAUCUGGACAAUGUUGCCCAAACUGGCAUUGUGAGUGCAACUGUGAAAAUCUUGUCAUGCCAACAUGUGAAGUGGGAGAGUUUCCCACAAUUGAUCAGAACUUUCAGAGUGACUGUGGAUGUGUACAGUAUCUUUGUGAAAAGGAUGAUGUGUGUGUGUUUCAAGAAGUAUCAGUAUUGAGUCCUGGACAAUCUCUGACAAAGUAUUUGGAAGGGGACUUUUGUUACACAAUAGAAUGUCUGGAAGAAAAAGAUAACAACACAGGCUUUCAUACUUUGAAUGUUACAAUGGUGAAUUGUUCAAAAGACUGCGAUGUUCACCAGAUGUACACUCCAUCCCCCAGUGAUUAUGAUUGCUGUGGAACCUGUAAAAACGUAUCCUGCAAAUUUCAGAUGGAAAAUGGAACAUCAGUUAUAUAUGAGGAAGGGAGCACCUGGCACUAUAACUGCACCACAUAUGAAUGUGUUAAGACUGAUGAGGGAGCACUGAUUCUAAACUACAGCAUGGUCUGCCCUCCUUUUAAUGAGACCGAAUGCAAACUGAAUGAAGGAAUCGUAAAGCUUUAUAAUGAAGGCUGUUGCAAGAUCUGCAAACGAGAAGAAAGAGUAUGCCAGAAAGUUAUCAUUAAAUCCAUCAUAAAGAAACAGGACUGUGUAAGCCAGAGCUCUAUCAGUGUUGCAUCCUGUGAUGGAAAAUGCCCAUCAGCGACCAUAUACAACAUCAACGUUGAAAGUCACCUGAGGUUCUGCAAGUGCUGUCGUGAAAACGGAGUGCGAAACAUAACUGUGCCUCUGCACUGCUCAGGAAAUGGCACAGAGGUUAUGUACACACUCCAGGAACCUAUAGACUGCACAUGCCAGUGGAAUUAAGCUCUUGCCUUUGAAGAACUCUAUACAAUAGUGUCAUGUCAGGCAACAUCGGCUCACCACUAUUAUUUUGGCACAUAACAGACUUACACAAUAUAAGAAUAAUGGUGGCCUUAACACUAUUGGAA